UAUUUAGAGAAAAAUUAGGCGAGAUGACUUUGGGACUGAUCAAUGCAAAUCCAGUGGUUCACGCUAAGAAGGAACGAAUCGCUCGUGUUGAUGAUCUUCCUCACGCCGAUGACGCUGUUGAUCCUCUCGAAAUUUAUGAUUUUGUGAGGGAUAUAAGAGAUCCGGAGCAUCCAUAUUCUUUAGAGCAGCUGAGUGUACUCUCCGAGGAGUCCAUAACUGUUGACGAGAAGCUUGGGCGCAUUCUGAUAACUUUCACCCCAACCAUCCAGCACUGUACCAUGGCAACUGUCAUUGGCCUCUGUUUGAGAGAGAAGUUGAAGAAUUGCUUCCCUCCACAUUUUAAGGUGGAUAUAAAAGUGUCUCCUGGAUCUCAUGCGGAUGAAGAGUCAGUUAAUAAGCAGUUGAAUGAUAAAGAACGGGUUGCUGCUGCCAUGGAGAACCCAAAUCUUCGCCAGCUUGUAGACGAGUGUCUCUAUUCAAUACAUGUCACGACAUUAACAUGAGUUCGACAUAUGGGGCAUGCCUUGUUCUCAUCAAACCAAGGAAUAAUACAAGCAGAAUGAAACCUAUGACCGCAAGCAUUAAGUAUCGUCUUGUUCAAAUUCACUUAAGCAGAUACAACAAUCACUGUUUAUGCCUACAAUUCUUUGCUCGGACCUUGUUCCUUCUUCAUCAUCAAAAAUAUCAAUCACUACUUCGAUAGAUGAUUUUACCAUUGGACAUGGGGUUGCCUGAACUCUUUAUGUUGCCACAACACCAGCUGGCGCGAUUCGCGAGACAUAGUUUGAAUCUGGUAGUGAUUUCUUACGAAUAUAUAUCGUUGACAUUAUGAUCACAUAUAACAACAAGGCUAAGAAAAUCAGAACAAUAUAAGGAUUAAUUGACAUCAUUUUAAUAGUAUUAUUUUCGAUGUGGAUUAAAAA